AUGUCGGAAUCGCGUCUGCGUUUGCAUUUUCAUUUUCUCUCGCUACUCUUGCUCUGUUGUGUCUCCCCUUCAAGCUUCGCCGUUAUAAAGGAUCUCGUUGCUUGUCUUCCAAGCCAGAUACAAGCUCUUACGCAGUUCAAGAGCGAGUUUGAUUCCCACAGCUGCAAUCAAACUGACUACUUAAAUGGAGUCUGGUGCGAUUACACGACCGGUGAGGUCACGAAGCUACAGCUUCCAAGUGGCUGUCUCACUGGCGUUCUUAGGCACAACAGUAGCCUCUUCGAGCUUCACCAUCUUCGUUACCUUGAUCUCUCUCACAACAACUUCAUCUCCUCCUCACUCCCUUCCGAAUUCGGCAAUCUCAACAAACUAGAGGUCUUGUUUCUUUCCUCUAAUGGAUUCCUAGGUCAAGUUCCUUCCGCAUUUCGUAACCUAACCCUUCUUACCAAGUUAGACCUUUCUCAUAACGACCUCACAGGUGGUUUCCCACUUGUGCAAAAUCUAACCAAGCUCAAAACCCUGAGUCUUGGGGAUAACCAUUUUGAUGGACAAAUAUUACAGCCUAUCUCAAAGCUCAUCACCCUCAAAUAUCUUUACUUGUCUUUCCUAAACAUAAGCUUCCCAAUCGACUUAAGGCUCUUCUCUUCUUUAAAACUUUUGCUGAGACUUGAUGUUUCCGGUAAUAGUAUAUCUCAGGCCAGUUUAAGUUCACAUUCCGACAUCCCAUUGAACUUGGAGUUCUUGGCCUUGUCAGGUUGUGAUAUCAGAGAGUUCCCAAACAUCUUUAAGAUCCUUCGGAACAUAAAAGGGAUAGACCUUUCCCAAAAUAGAAUCAAAGGGAAAGUCCCUGAGUGGUUGGGGAACCUUCCUCGUCUUAGCAUAAUGUACAGUCAAACUGUUUUCAAGGGGAACUUCCUAUUCCACCACUCUCGAUCAACCACUUGUUAG